AUGGAAUCCGAAGGCAGUGUCCAUGUAGAGAUUUCUGAGCUUAACGCAAGGCUAAGUGAAACAGGCAGUGUCAGUCCAGCCAUUGAGCCCCAAACUUGCUCUGUUGAGACCAAAAAUAGCAGCACGGCUGAUUCUGUGUCUCAAACGAGGCCUGCAAUUCGCGCACCAGAAAAGAAACUUACCCUUUUUGCGCUUCGUCUAGCAGUGCUUGAGAAAGCAGCCUCAGGAAUUGGAACUCUGGGAUUCAUAUGGGCUACUGUUGUUUUACUUGGUGGUUUUGCCAUCACUUUGGACAAAACAGAUUUUUGGUUCAUAACUGUUAUUCUCUUAAUUGAGGGAACUCGAAUAUUUAGCAGGAGUCAUGAGCUCGAGUGGCAACAUCAGGCCACAUGGUCUAUUACUGAUGUUGGCAUCAAUAGUUUCCGUGCUAUAAAAUCGAGCUCAAGUUCGAUACUUAGAAAAGUGAAGACGAUUUUUAGGCCAGUUUUUAACUCCAGAAAGGCGAGCAAUCGGAGCAGAAAGAUUUCAGGGAUGAUGCGUCAAGCUAGCAGGCAAAAUUGGGAUCAUAAGAAGAUGCCAAGUCGAACAUGGACGAGUUCAGAGGUCCCUCUUCUUCCUUAUGCAAAAUGGGUAUUUAUUUCAAGAAACGUUAGUAAGGUUUUAUAUUGGCUCCAACUUGCAUCAGCAACCGCCUGCGUCGUUCUCUCAAUGAUCAAGCUUAUCCAUCGAAACUAUGGAGAAAUCGAGAAAGGCGAUACGGAUAAGAGGAACAGGAAAUCAGCUCUAAUUAUAUUCUAUUCCUUGGCCUUGGCUGAGGCAUUGCUGUUUCUCAUGGAGAAAGCCUAUUGGGAGUGGAAAGUCAGCUUUCGGAAACUAUUAGAUGAGGUGAACAUGGAGUGCAAUUUGGGAGAAUCUGGCAUGAUUUCGAUCAAAAGAUUCUUCUAUGAUGCCUAUUCAAAAUGUGUCAAUGGAAGCAUUUUUGAUGGUCUGAAAAUGGACAUGGUUUCAUUUGCCAUGGAAUUGUUAGACUCUAAUUCCCCCGAUGAGCAGUUUAUUGGAGCCAGAAUCUUGAGAAAAUUUGCUACAAGCAAGGUGUUUUCUGAUGAUACUCUCCAAAAGAUUGGAAUAAACUUAUCGGUUAUGGAAAGAUUAGUCGAAAUGUUGAAUUGGAAAGACCCUCAAGAAGAAGAGAUAAGGUAUUCAGCUACAGAAAUCUUGUCAAAACUGGCUGAAAAAAGGCAAAACUCCGUACGGAUUGCUGGAAUACCAGGUGCAAUGGAAUCAAUAUCAUGUCUUCUGCACGUCAGCAGGAGCCAUGGUGGAGCAACUGAUCAAAUUUCCGAGAAGAGAAUAAUCUUUGACGAUGAGAACUAUGGUUCUUGGGCAUUCAAUCAUUUGGGGCUUCUCAUUUUGAAGAAACUCGCUCGUGACCACGAUAUAUGUGGAAAAAUUGGUAACACGAGGGGUCUCCUACCGAAGAUUAUUGAUUUCAUGCAUGCAGAAGAGAGGGUGUUGACAGAUUCAUCAGCUGCACCCUCUCAAAUUUUAUCUGUUAAACGGUCUCUUCAGGUUCUCAAGAUGUUAGCUGGCACAGCAGGCACCGCAGGAAAACAACUAAGAAAAGAGAUUUCUGAGAUUGUUUUCACAAUUAGCUAUAUCAGGGAUAUACUAAGGUAUGGGAAAAAGCAUCCCCAGCUGCAAAUGUUGGCAAUCGAAGUGUUGACUAGCCUCGCAAUAGAAGAGGAUGCAACAGAGAGGAUUGGUAGCACAGGUGGAGUUCUUAAAGAAUUGUUCAAUAUUUUCUUCAAUGAGGAAAUGCCUGAAAAUCAGAGUCAUGUAAGAGUUGCAGCCGGGGAAGCACUUUCUAUGCUAGUACUAGAAAGUAAGAAUGAUUGUCAGCGUAUUCUGAAAUUGAGGAUGAAUCAGAAGCUCGUUAAAGCUUUGGAAUCUCCAUUGCUUCGAAUAAAUGCAGCUAGAAUUUUAAGAAACUUGUGCGUGUACAGUGGAGAAGAUUGCUUCGAACAAUUGAAGGGACUCACUGAUGCAGGACCUGCAGUCCUUCAAGCUAUCAUGAACGAAGAAAACAAAUUACUCGAAGUAAUGGUUGGAGUUGCAGCAUGCAUUUUCAAAUUUAUGUCAUCUCAAGAAGCCAGCAACACAUUUAAGAGAGUUCGAUUUCCAGAAUCCGAUCUGGCCUACAAACUUGUCCAAAGUCUGAAGAAUUAUCAGUAUCCCUCUAUAAAAGUCCCAAACAUAAGAAGACAUGCUAUAGAGUUAGCAAUUUGGAUGAUGAAGGAUAAUGAGGCGAACAUCCUAACUUUCUCAAGAGUGGGAAUGCAACAUGAGCUGGAGUCCGUUUUGGACACCACGUCUGAGCUGGAGAGUUUUAAUAUCUUCUCCGGGACUGUUGGCCUAUGCCGGCAUAGGACGACCAUCCAAACGCUAGUUGAAACAGCCAUGAAGCUGCUGGCAGAAAACUAA